CAAUUGUGGAAUAUGUGUGCUGCUUGAACGUCACGGUACCAGCGUUUUGAAAGAAAAAAUAUUUAGUUUUGUUAUAGAAAGUAUAUCGUAAUAAUGAGGACUGUCUUGGCAUUUGUUCUUUUUCAACUAUACGUACACGUCAUUGACGGACUUGUAUAUGCAGGAUACAAUGCUGUUACCAAACAGGAGGGAAUAAGUUCGCUAGAUAGGUAUCGAUGUGCUGAAACUUACGUCGGGUUCGAGUAUAUUGGGCACGUAUUAUCACCGGACGGCGUGUGUACGGCAGUCCAUUACGGGUGGUCAGGCGAGGUAUCACCAGGCUCUGAAUAUUUAAAGAAAACAUGGAAUUGCGAUGUCUUUGACACUCCGAUUUAUCAUAACAGCAGUAAUUUGGCCAACUACAUGGUACCAAUACCUGGUGAAAUGGUGACCGGAAGUAACAUUGAAAUAACGUUUGUACCCAAGUAUCCAUGGAACAAGAUUGUUUUAGACAUUUAUGACGCCAACGGAACAGAUAUUGUCUUUCAUGUAAUUUUUCGGAGAGCCCUUGACAGGAUUAAUUUCAACUCUAGGGUCUCGGGUCUGUGGCAAAGGAAUGAAAAUGCUGAUGGCGUCGGAGUAACGACAGACAGUGUUGCAAAGUUAACGGUUGAAGUUCUUGCAGAUGCAUUUAAGGUGUCUGUGAACGGCAGAGAGAGGUGCAUAUAUCAAUAUGUUUUAAAUCCAAGUACGGCACGAAAAGUACUUUUCUUUGCUCGUUUGGGGUCACAUUGCUUGUUAAAGAGCAUUUGUUUUAAAUACUUAUAGACGUAA